UCUAUCCACCCGACCACACCACUAUGUUUAUCAACAUUGCCGUACAGGCAGGUAACGUGGCGAGUGCUUUUACCUUGUAGCAAUUUUAUUCGACACACAAGACAUUCAACUGUUUAUAAAAAGGUAUUACAAUGUCAAAAGAGGAACUUUGCGAAAACAUAAGUCUGCAGUUAGCAGAGGUGGAAAUGCUAUGGAGCAUGUAUCCGAAUGACGAGUUUCAAGUAGUCAACUCGACAGCAGUUUCAGAGUAUCAGGAUUUCUUGCAACAAAAAUGCAGUGCAGUUUCAUCGUGGCUGGAUUUUCUGUUUGCAUUACAGCUUCCAGAAGGUCAAGUGGACGUCGACAUCCAUUUGCCGCAUGGCUAUCCGAACAACGCGUCCCUUGAAAUAAGUGCAAGGUCUGCACGCUUGACCAGGGAAGCACGCAGCAUCUUGAACAAGGACCUUUUGCAAUUUGUUUCUGAACAGCCAUCUGGAUGCUUGUGUGUUUCCAGUGCAGUGGAGUGGAUAAUUGAACAUUUCGCAAAGUAUUGUGUCCAAGCAGAAAGUACCUCCCCUCCGGUAGUAGAGGAACCGCGGACAUUCAGCAGGCUUUGGAUAGUGAGCCACCAUAUUUAUAACAAGACAAAAAGACGGACCAUUCUAGAAUGCAGUACUGGAGACCUCAUCUCCGGGUUCUGCAUGCCUGGAAAACCCGGAAUAAUCUGUUUCGAAGGUCCCACCGAAAAUUGUGCAGAGGUCUGGGGCAGAAUCAAGAGUCUCACGUGGCAAAGGAUCGGACUUAAACACAGAGAAGACUACACCUUGGAGUGCAAUGAGAACAUGGACACGUUGAGGAAGUUUGAUGGUUUCAGAGAAGUAGCAUUUCAUACAAAACAAAACCCAACUAGGGACCAUCACAUGGAUAUGGGAAUGUUUCUCAAGUUUAUGCAAGAGCAUAGUUGCCAGCCCAUAUUCCAGAUCCUCUUUGGUAUUGAGGGCAAAGUAACGUGUUCCUAACAAUAUAUUUGUCGGUCGCCCAAAAACAACCAUGGUGAUCAGAUUCAUAAGCAUGUGCUGGAAGUGGUUAUGUGCAGCAGCCUCGUGCUGAGCAAUUGUAAUGCCCUUGAUGUUGCGUUAAAUUAUCUGGUUAUGUUGGAGUAUGAGGAAUGCAGUUCUAUGCCAUAACUUGGAUCUUGAACCAGUUUUGAGAAGCUCGCACUUUGAAAUCCUCAAAUUUUGCAAUAAUAAAGUUUAGCUGACCUUA